AUGGAAUGAGAGGAGGAGGGAGCAGAAGAGAAAGCUCAAUAGAGAAGAGGGAGAUGAAACAAGUACAGCCGCUUAGACAGAAGGGUGGCGAAUGAUUUGGAGCAAUGUCUCAGGCUUGGAAUGGAUCUGACUCAUCAGAACUGCCCCCAGGGGGCAUCAUUGUACCCGUGGUCUUUUCCUUGAUAUUUGCUCUGGGCACAGUGGGGAAUGGUUUAGUUUUGGUUGUGCUACUGAGAAAUGGCCAGACCAAGUACAACACCACAAAUCUCUUCAUUCUAAACCUGGGGGUGGCCGACUUAUGCUUCAUACUGCUGUGUGUUCCAUUUCAAGCAACUAUCUACACCUUGGAUGGAUGGCUAUUCGGGGCAUUCCUCUGCAAGGCUGUUCACUUCUCCAUCUAUCUCUCCAUGUAUGCCAGCAGUUUCACAUUGGCUGCCGUCUCGGUUGACAGGUACUUGGCCAUCCGUUACCCACUUAAAUCACGAGACCUCCGUACAGCUAGAAAUGCCCUGGCAGCCAUUGCAGUUAUAUGGGCUCUUUCUGUCCUGUUUGCAGGACCUUACCUGAGCUACUAUCACAUCAUUCUCUACAAUGAAGUGCCCAUCUGUAUUCCCAACUGGGAAGAUCGUAGGAGGAAGAUCAUGGAUGUAUCCACAUUUGUCUUUGGUUACCUUCUACCAGUACUUAUUCUUGGAUUGUCCUAUGCUAGAACCAUCUGUUUUCUGUGGACUUCAGUGGAUCCCGUAAAGACUGUAUCUGAAUCUCGAAAAGCAAAACACAAAGUAACCAAAAUGAUAAUAAUAGUAGCGGUGCUCUUUUGCAUCUGCUGGCUGCCUCAUCACUUAGUGAUCCUUUGCUUCUGGUUUGGACACUUUCCCUUCAACCGAGCCACAUAUGCCUUCCGCCUUGUGUCCCAUUGUAUGUCCUAUGCUAACUCAUGCCUCAAUCCUAUUGUUUAUGCUCUUAUUUCCAAGCACUUUCGGAAAAGGUUCAAGCAAGUUUUCACAUGUAUGCUCACUCAGAAGCGGGCACGCAACAAAGUCCACGCAGUGCAAACGGCUAACACAGUAGCUGGCUUUUAUGCUGGAAAUACAGAGGUUACGCAAGUUCAGGAAGAAACUGCUCGUAGUGGAAGAGCAGCAAGAGAUGAAGGUAUUGAGAUUGGCAGCCCAGAAGAAUCAUCCAGCUGCAGGGUGGUUGAAGGAACCUGGGGGACGCGGUUGCCCAAGACUGUUGGUUUUACAACACAGGCAACAUAAAAAGAAAUGCUCAACAGUUGCACUGAAUGGUGGCAUCAAAAUCAGCAUGGUGGAGGGUGAUCUCAUUUAUCCACCGCUAGGUUCUCCAGGUGCUGUUAGGCAAAUUACAACUUUAUAAUGUACCUCAGGCAACAUGGAUUAGAUACAAUGGUAUUUGAGUGAAAUAAUUGCCAGUGCCUGGUUACACAACAAAUGACCCUCGUAAUAGAUGGAAAAUUCUAUUGGAAUGAAACAACCUUGAGCUUUACAUUGUACUGCCUUCACUAUGACUUCUAUUCAUGGGGUGAAGGUACAUUUGCUAUAGGUCCUGCACUGUAAAAUGCUGCUAAUUUUAUCCAAGUAUUUUAAGAAAAAUUUUUAUUCUUACAAGAACUGAAAAGAACUAUAUCUUCUGAAAGUAAAAGCAGAUAACUUUGUAAAUGAUGUUCACAAAGAGUUGUGGUAACGCUCCACUGAAGUGAAAGAAAUAAAAUGCUAAAUGUGUUUCGCGCAUGGUGCACACAAUACCUUUCAUUGUGUCUUGAAAGAUGACAUGUAACAAGCUGUGGAAGAGGAAUUUAUUACUGACGUGUCCAUAACUACAGUCAAUCCAUACAACUGUAGCCACCAAUCACACCGAUAGUAUUGACAGUAUCAAUAACAUGAGUGCUGCUGCUCCAAUUAGUCGUACUCAUUUACAUUCUGACCAUAUGGUCAAAAGUCAAUUUUCCAAACACUGAACCAUAUACAGUAGAUAAGAUAUAUUUUUAACUCACUGAAGUCUUGCUGUAUGUUAAAUGUGUUAAAUACGGCAAAUCAAAUGUAUUUUCUCUAUUAAAAUGUAACCCUUUUAUUGAUCUGAAAUGAAAUGUAGCUAUUGCCUUAUUAACUGAUGAUUUACUGUUGACUUACAAGUGAAGAGGAUAUCUGGUGUUUACAUUAUUAUCAUAAUUUUUUAAUUUUACUUUUAUUUAAAUGGAAUCUGUCAUCUGCAUCACUCACAGUUACCUAUUGGUAUAGGCUUGUAGUGCCAGCGACACGGAUGACAAUGGUACUUACCGUUUGCUGAUCUAUGGCUUCUUUUCUCUGUUCCCCUUAUUGUGUUUAUGCAAAUGAAGUAGCUUAGUGCACUCGGUGUGUUCCUCCUCCCCUGUGCAGUGGCAAGGGAUCGAACAGGUGAAUAUGGCUUUAUUUAAUGUUUUUUCAACAGAGUCUGACUGCUUGGCUUCAAGGGGAGAUUAGAACGGUCCGGGCAGAGAGUCAUGACCCUACUGCACCAAAUAACUAAUGUGCAUACUGAAUAUAAAAAAGUUUUUCCAUAUAAUGGCGCAGUUCAUCAAGAUUCUACAGGUAGUGUUCAUUACACAAAAACAUCCUCUAUUUAGUAAUAGCAGUGGUCUAAUUUCAG